UAUGACCGCCUGGUCAGGAGCCGGAUCAGCUGGGAAGAGGCGUGCACUGGAGCUGUUGGAAGAGCCGCCCCCGCGGUCUGAGCUCGAGCGGGACCGAGAGAGGCGCAAAGGUAAAACGUCGGGACGCUUCCCAAUCGGGCAAGGCAGAAAAAAAAAAAGGCUCAGGCGGCGAGCCUAUCGCGGGGCUGCCUUUUGAACAUUUCUGCAGCCUUGCGCGGCGCUGCGCUGAGCCGGUUCGCCGGAUGAGCGUUCCCCAGAGUUGGUUCUGCGGGGCAGCCUCGUCUUAGCGGGCUGGACGACGCGCGAGUUUGGCCAUGAGCGCCCUCCUCUUGUGGGAUCAUCUGAGGGCGGGCAGCUCCGAACUGGACUGGUGCGAGGAUAACUACACCAUCGUGCCCACCAUCGCCGAGUUCUACAACACGAUAAGCAACGUCUUAUUUUUUGUCUUGCCCCCUAUAUGUAUGUGCUUAUUCCGACAAUAUGCAACCUGCUUCAACAGUGGAAUAUAUUUAAUAUGGACCUUGCUAGUGGUUGUAGGGAUCGGAUCUGUCUACUUCCAUGCUACGCUUAGCUUCCUGGGUCAGAUGCUCGAUGAACUUGCAAUACUUUGGGUCCUGAUGUGUGCUCUGGCUAUGUGGUUCCCCAGAAGGUAUCUACCCAAAAUGUUUAGGAAUGACAGAGGCCGGUUCAAAGCAGCAGUGGGCAUUCUUUCUGGAGUCACUACCUGUCUCGCCUUUGUUAAGCCCGCCAUUAAUAACAUCUCCUUGAUGACAUUAGGUCUUCCCUGCAGCGCCCUGCUUGUUGCAGAACUGAAAAGGUGUGAUAAUGUCCGAGUGUAUAAGCUGGGACUAUUUUCUGGACUGUGGUGGAUGUUGGCACUAUUUUGUUGGAUUAGUGACAAAGUAUUUUGUGAGAUUUGGUCAUCUUUUAAUUUUCCUUAUUUACACUGCGUAUGGCACAUCCUCAUCUGUAUUGCAGCUUACUUGGGCUGCGUCUGCUUUGCCUAUUUUGAUGCUGUCUCCGAGAUCCCCGAACAAGGUCCCGUCAUCAAGUUCUGGCCCAGUGAGAAGUGGGCAUUCAUCGGGGUCCCCUAUGUCACUCUCCUCUGUGCUCACAAGAAGUCUCCCCUCAAGAUUACUUGAAAGGCAAUGGAAGCGUCCCAUCCUCUUUACCUGCUCUUUCUCCAAAGGGCCUGAAUCUCUAGUGGGAAGAUUGCCCAAUGAAGUCCUUGCUCUCUUCACUCGGCAGCAGAGGACACCUGAUGAGGUUGUCCGAGCAGAAUCUCAAAAAGUUUGUUCCAAGUGGUCUAAGUAGGCCUGAAUCCACACAAGGAAACAUGGAAAGCAGAAAGCCUGUAUUUCCACAAGCGUACCUCCCCCCAAAAGUAAAGUUAUUUCUUUUCUACUUUGACUGCCUAUCACUUUUGGUGGGCAAGGAACUGGGUGACAUCUUACCCUGCCAUAUUAAGCAAGGAGGAGUGGAAAAGUGGGUGUCUAUUUCUGUGAGUGUGUGGAUGGCUAUGUUCUGGUUUGGAAAUAAUCAUCAGAUUUGUGUAUUAAGGAUUUAAUAGAAUUGCUUUGCAAAUACUUCUCUGCUGCCUAUUUAUAUUUACACGUUAAUUGAACAAAUGAAAUCCCUUUAAACUCUGGGUCAGUUUAAGAGGAGAACAAUCCUUGAGAAGCUGGCUCUCUUAAUCCAUCAAAAUAUCAAACACAUGAUAAUAUUUUUUUUAUCCACAUAUAAUAGUUCACUCUUUGGGGACUUGUUUACUGAUAGUUCAGGAAAUAAGAUGUAGGAGAAAAGUCAGUGAAGAAAUAAAAAUUGUAGUUGAAAUGACUGGUUAUGAGGCUUUACUUGCUCUCCAGGCAGUUAAGUAAUAUUUCAGCCGAGUUCUUGGAAGGAGAGCAAUUCAGCAACCAUCUACCAGAUUUCUGCAAAAAAAAAAAAAAGCAGUUUAUCUCUCAAUCUCUAUUUUAAUUCCACAUUCUUUGCAAGCAAACGAAUGCAUUUGGAAAGGUUUUAGUUUAAUUAUCCGUCUGGUUUUUUUUUUUUUUUUUUUUUUGCCUCUUGUUGCUAUGACAUACUUUUAGGAGAUAGUUAUAUAGAGAGCAAUCAAGCCUCAUUAUUCAUUUCCAUUUUUAAGCAGAUGUAACUAAAUUUCAAGGACAGUGAAGAAUCAGUACUUUGGUUUCUGCAGGUGUGAAAGCUUCUUAAAUUGUGCAUACGUUGGAGUGUUCCCCAGAUUCUGAAAUAUUUUAACAUUUAUUAAAAUACAUGUCAGGGAGUCAGUAAAAUCAAAAUGGUGCUCAUGACCAUAUGGUUAAAAGUUCAGCCCCUUUUUUGUGAUGCAGGAGAAAAAACAGACUCCCGAUGAAUACUCACUAUUUUGAUUUUUUUUUUGACUGAUCCUGUAGAUGACUCUGCAGUGAGUCCUAUGAAUUUUGGAGCUUUUAACAUCGCUUUUUAAAGAACCCUUUCUGUUGUACAUUUAAAUGAUUUAAAUUUAAGACAUGGGCUAAUAUAAGAUGAGAUGCCCAAUAAAUAAUAGGCCACAGCUUAGUGGUUUGGGGGGAAAAGGAAAAUACAGGCUACAAAUAAGUUGGUUUGUUUUCUAGCAUAUGCAAAAACAAAAUAGGCAUUUCUAUUCCUGGAUACAACAUUGUAAAAAAAGUUGUAAAGUUAUAAUUGUAAAAAAAAAAAACCCACUUCCUGCAACUAAAGUUACUCAGUUGCUGAUGGACCAAGCUGGGUAAAUAUUUCUGCUUGAUUGUGGAAUUGAAUUUUAGAUGUUUUGUUCCUUUCUAUUGCAUUUGGUGGUGACUGCUCAGUUCCUUGAUGCAUUGCCAGAAAUGUUGCAUGGAGCAUUAAAUAAAUGGGGCCAACUGGCCAUGUGGAACUUUUCCAAAGUGGGAUGAUCAAGUUGAUUGAGACAGCUUUACCAUUGUGGGGAAUCUCUGGACCGGCCUAGUUCCAUGCCUAAACUGAGUGCCGCAAGGCUCUAUCAUUAUGGCCUGGUCCCCAACUUGGCGAUAGGAUAAUUCAGUGCUUUCCCUUUGAACUACAGUGUUUGGUCAUGCAGUUGAAAAAUAGAAGACACAUCUGUUUUUUCAAAGCUGGGACAGUUUACCUUAAGUGAUCAUCAGUAGACGUUUCCCCGAUGGCUUGAGGCAGAUUUCUUUGGCCAACCGAUGGCAAAGUGAGUGUAGAUGAAGUCACCAACACAGCAAUGAUAUAGCUGUAAUUGGCCAGUUUCCUCCCCAUUUCUUGCCACCUGAUUACCAGCACAGAUCCUAAUCCCAUACAGCAGUGUUUCCCAAACUUGACAAUUUUAAGGCAUGAGGACUUCAACUCUGGUUGCUGGCUGUGGAAUUCUGGGAGUUGAAGUCCACAUACCUUAAAAUUGUCAAGUUUGGGAAACACUGCCAUACAGUUUUGAGCUUGUCUGAGUUGGGAUAAGCUCUGAGUUCUGAGUGAUUUGAGACAGCUAUUUGGGGUCUUCAGCUUGUAGGAAUGGAUAGGCAGGCGUGUUAGUUGUAUGUUGGUUUUCCUAAAUGAUUGCCAAGGCUUCAUACCCCUUUUGAUGCUGGGUAUUGUGGGUUCAUUGGGAAGUCUUUGAAAAAUGCAGCGACAGAGAAUGGGAUGAAGAUCGGUGGAAGAGCAGAAGGUUGAAACAUGAUUUUUUUCCCCUUUUUUAAACAAAACAAACCAGUAGCAAAAUAUGUAGUGUUCUCUAUAUUGUAAAAUGCCUGCUGAAAGGCCGCAGGUAGCUUUAUUUUUAUUUUCUUUUAUUUAAAAAGUUACCUAUUUUCCCCUUAAUUUGCAGUGCUCAGUUAUUAUUGUCAAGCUUUUGAAUCCUGAAAUACUUGUUUACAGUGUUACAAGAAAAUAAAAAUAGAAACAGUAAUGCUUAUUUUGAAAUUACUUUAACAAUUUAGGACACAGGCUUUUGAGUUUGGGAAAUAGACGGUCUGAUAGAAUUAUUUAAGUAUUUUCUUAGAUGCUUCUGAUGUUUUCUGUCUUGUAUCAGCAACAUCAAAAAAAACAAAAACAAAUUAUACCUUCUUGUAAUCAAUUCCACUACCUAUACUUGACAUGAAGUUGGCAUGUGUUUGAAGAACUGUACAAGGCUGUGCAGAUGAGGAGAAAAUAUAAAGGUGAACAUUUAUGAAAUGUAAAAGUUCUUCAUUGUAUGUGUCUCAUUUUGUGGGAGAGGAGUAUAGAAAGGAUCUUCCUAGUAAACAACUAGUUGUGGGGCACUGUUUAAUUAAAGAACUCUAGUCUUUACUUGUUCAGUUAUGCCAAACAAAAAAGCAUUUUUCAUCUCAUUCUCGGGGGGGGGGGAAUGUGAAUUUUCUGGGCUUUAGUUGCAACUGUGCAGUUAUUUAUUUUAAAUAUUUUUGUGUAUAGCAUAUUUUGUGGAGGCAUAUAUUACGAUGCUGAAAAACCUUUUUAUGUGGUUUCUUGUGUGUUUUUUUUUAAAGGUUAGGCAAUUCAAUCGUUCUCAGGUAUAUUAAUAAGUCUGAAAGCAUCUGUGCUGUGUUUGUUUAUACAUAAUGGUGACAAACUUUCUCUGGGAUGUAACCACUUGAUUAGGACCUCAAGAUUGGUAUCUUGACGAUUUUUUUGAUAACCUUUUAUGCAAAGAUCCACUCUGCUUUCUGCUCUGAUGAAUAAGUCGUUUUAUUCAUUGCUGUACCAUAAUAAAGUACUUCCUCUCUUAAAAGUGAGUUUGAAAUAUUAAGCAAUGAUCUAAAGAAGCGGUCUCCAAACUUUUUUUUUAAUAUGUACCCUUAUCAAUAAAACAUUUUUGAUCAUGCC